UCUAAGAAGUAUAAAACGUAAAAAUUAUGAAAAGUGCAGACCUUAUUUCUAGGGUUGUGCUUCGUUCACUCUUAAGCGCAGAAGGAUGAAUAGCAAUCCGACAACGGCAGCGACGACGGCUGGUGCGGCGGCGCAGCUGCAAGAGGGAAUUAAUUUGUUGCUUUCAUGGUGGACUGUGCUUCGUCUUCUCACUCAGUCCAAAGAGGAAGUAUCUAUUUGCCAUGUGGACGACAUGCUUUACAAUUUCAUGGAUACUCUCAAUACUGAUAUAGACGGUGGCAGCAUCGAAGAGAUAUCAGAUAAAUUGAUGGUAAUGCGUGAAGAAUGUUCAGAAGGUAACUUUGGCUCGAUAAGUGAUUUGCGGGAAACAAAUACUCUUAAUCUGUCUUAUGUCUGACAGUGAAGAUGAUACAAUGAGAGACGAUAACUCGUCAUAAUUGAAAGUAGAUGCUCCACGAUCACAAUCAAUUCAUAGUCAAAAGGACUCGGUUACCGAGCACAUAGACACGAGAGGAACACCUGAAGUUGUCUAUGAAUGGAAGGUAGUAUGCUCCAAGCAUAGUAAAAGUAGAAAAAAAAUGAA